UCAGCCACACGUGCUUCCUCCCGCAGCAGCAUGCACUGUUUCUACAGCGGACUGUGAGCAGGAGAUGUCUGUAGAGAUGGUGGAGCUCUCCGUGAAAACAGCGGAGCCGGUCCGCCCGGCCGGAGUCCUGCAGCAGAACCGUGUCUUCCUCGACUUCUUCUGGGACAUAGCCAAGCCCGACCAGGAGGUCCGGCUGAAGGCGGUGGAAAACCUGAUCCAGUACCUGAAGACCCACGACCAGGCAGAUGAAUUGGAGUACACAUUCAAAAGACUGGUGGACGGACUGGCUCACACUCGAGAGGCUGCGAGGCCGGGCUUCAGCCUCGCUCUGGGACAGGUCUUGAGUGCCUUUGAAGAUGUUUCUCUACAGAGUGUUCUCGACAGAAUCAAAGAAAAGCACAAUCUGCAGACGGUGAAAAAAAAACUCUUCAGAAAUGCUAUGUUCGGGAACUUGUUCGGUGUCCUCGCCCUUCAUCAGUCCGGCCGCCUCCCUAAAGAUCCGCAGGUGGUCUUGGGGUGUGUGAAGCUCCUGCAGAGUCUCAGUCAGCGCAAACAGCACCUGAAGGACCUGCCUACUAAAACCAUGAUGGACAUCCUCAAUGAGAUCCCAGAGGAGGUGUUUGAGGAGGUGCUGCUGAGCGCACUGCAGACCGAGCUGGAGGCAGCGUUCAGCACCCCGGAGCAGCUGCAGUUGUUGCUGGUGGCUCUGCGGCGCUUCCCUCAGACGCUCAAACCUAAAAAACUGAAGAAGCUGCUGGGCUGCUCCACCAUCAUCAACGCUGACAACAUCCCAAAGUUGACGGAGGUGUUGAAGAUGGCGGCGCGCUCAGUGAAGAAGGAGUGUGUCCUCCCCUCGGUGGUGCUGGACCUGCUGAAGCUCUCUCUGAAGGAGGACAGCUUCCAGCUCUUCUGGAACAACGCCAUCAUCAAAGGCCUGCUGAAGGAGGCGCCUGGCCCCGCCCACUACCUGAGUUUCCGGCUGCUGGGCAGUGCGCUGCCUCUGUCUGCAGAGCAGCUGCAGGAGGUGUUAUCUGGGGAGGUGAUGCUGCAGUACGGGGAGCACGUGGUGUCUGCUCAGAAACCGGACCGCUUCAAGCUGGCUCCGGAGAUGGAUGUCUUUGUGUCGGACUUCCUGGAGGAGUGUCAGGACGCCGACAAACAGCUGAUCGUGAUGGUGCGCUUCUCCGCGCUGACCAACAAGGGCUACCCGGUGGUGCCGUCGGUGUGGAGGGUGGUGCAGCACCUGCAGCCCGCCGCCGUGCAGCAGUACGUGGCGUGGCUGAAGAGCACGUUCCUCAAACCGCAGCUCGACAAGCUGCUGGACUUCAGCACGCGCAAGCAGAAGGACAACCCGGCAGCAAAGGAACAGACGGAGGACUCCAUAUUCCGCCUGAGGAAGUGGAUUAUUUCUCGGCUCUGUGCGAUCAUCGAUAACCACCUGGUGAAGAAGUCUGAGGAUCUGAUCAUGGAUGUGGCCAGGUUUGUCUUCUUCCACGCGUUCUUCGGUACCAAGAAGGCCUCGGCCGACAUCCCGGAGACGAAGGGGAAGCUCUCCGUCCCGCUGGACGAUAAAACCAGAGCAGUGCUCGUCAAUUCUUUCUUUGGCCUCCUCCUUUCCAUGCACCACCUCCCUCUGGCUGAGGACUCUCCUGAGGGUGCAGCAGUGAAUCAGAAGCGUGCUCUUGGCGUCACGGCCGACGGCAACAUGUGGAUCUACCACCUGGUGCAGUACGCUCAGGUCCUGCUGAGUCAGCCCAAACACACCCAGAGCAGCCAGCCCUUCAGCGCCGAGCAGAGCCAGGCCUGGGACAGCAUGCUGGAGUCUGUGGCGAACCUGAAGAAGAAGGCAAAGAAAGGUCCGUCUGCAGAGAGCAGCGCCUUCCAGCAGCUCUUCCUGUUGGUCGGCAUGCACCUCUUCAAGGCCCCUGAAGAGCUGCUGGUCAUCAUGAAGGACCUGCAGAGCUGCAUGGACAAAGCUCAGGAGAAGAAAGCCAAGAAGAAGAAGAAGAAACAAGCCACAGAGCAGGAGGAGGAGCCGGAGUGGGUGGAGGUGAUGGUGGACAUCUUGCUGUCUCUGCUGUCCCAGCCGAGCCGACACAUCCGACAGGUCUGCAGGACGGUCUUCUCUUCCAUCUGCCCCAACGUCACCGCUGCCGCCCUCACUGCUAUCUUAGACGUCCUAGACCCAGAGAGGGAUGACGAGGAAGACGCCGCUGUGGUCGUCACUGAUGACAACAAAACCCAGAAGAAGAACACAAACGAGGAAGAUGAGGAGGAAGAGAUGGAGCAGUCUGACGGAUCAGAUGAUGACUCUGAAGGAGAAGAUGAUGAAGAAGCAAUGGAGGAGGAGGACGACGAUGAAGACGACGAGGAUGAUGAAGAGGAGGAAGUGGGGCCAGUGGACCAAAAUUUCCGUAUUGAGAUGAUGAAGAUCCUGCAGCAGCAGAAGUCUCUGGCCAAAGAGGAGGACGGCAGCAGUGACGAAGAGAUGGACGAUGACGCCAUGCUGGAGCUGGAUAAAGGUCUGGCGGCACUUUUCUCAGAGCAGAAGAAAAAGGCCCAGGCCAAGAAAGACGAGAAGACAAAAAUGCAGAAAGAGAAAGCACUCGUCCGAGACUUUAAGAUCAAGGUGUUGGAUCUGCUGGAGGUGUUCGUGGCUCGGCAGGCCGGCAGUCCUCUGGUUCUGGGUUUGGUGGAGCCUCUGCUCACCAUCAUCGACCGAGGGAUGAGCUCCGACAGCGACCAGCAGGAACAGGACUUCCUCCGCCGAGCUGCAGAUAUCUUCAGGAACCAGCUGUGCCGGUCUAAGGUUUACUGCAGGACCGUCGGUGACAGAGAGGGGGAGCUGCACGACCUUCUGGAGAAGCUGAUGACGAAGAGCCAGAAACUGUCCGACUCCUCCGUCUGCCUCUACUACUUCAGUGCGUCUCUGUACGUGGUGAAGGUGCUGCGAGGAGCUCCAGCUGCUGAGGCCAAAGAGGAGCAGACGGCUGACGGAGCUGCAGGACGUGACUUGAAGUUCAUGGGCAGCUUGGAUGUGGACCGGGUCUCCAGGAUCUUCACAGAAGCUCUGAACUCCUUCAUGGGCCGCAGGAAGAGCCCGCUCACUGCUCAGAUGUUCACAGAUCUGUUCACCAGGUUCCCCGGUGUGUGUGUGAAGAUGUUGGAUGCAGCCGUGCCGCACAUCACAUCGGGGGUCAGAGUUCACCAGCAGGGCCAGGCGUGUGUGCUGGUGCUGCGGGCGAUGCAGAGCAGGGAGGUUCAGCAGCUGCUGAGCGGCGCUCCGUGGACCGAGCUCUGUGGGAAGGUCUCGGCUCAGUUGACAGCAAGUCUGCAGAAGGUCGGUGAGACGGAGAGCAAGGUGGUGAAGGAGAAGGUGGUGAAGUCCCUGGAGCUCUGCCAGUUCCUGGUGAAGAACAUUCACCAGCAGAAGCUGUCUGUGGACCUGGAGCCACUGCAGAGCGUCCUGCAGUCGCUGACCAGCACCAUCGAGUUCAAAAAGACAGGGCAGCUGGAGGACACCUACUGGGCCGUGGUGAAACACUUUGGAGUCAUGAAACCCAAAGUUGAAAAGACAAAGCCCGAAAAGAAAGAGGACCCAAAGCAACUUCUGAAGAAGAAGAAAGGUUUUCUGCCAGAGUCAAAGAAGCGUAAGAAGCGAGACGUGCCUAUCUUAGAGCCGGCAGCCGCAGCAGCCGCAGCAGCAGCGGCGGAGAACCCGACCUUCAGAGGGAAACCGGGAGCAGGCAAAGGACACGCUAAAAAGAAACAUGACAAGAAAACAAAACAGAAGCGACCGGCCGAUGGAGCGGCGGCUUCUCAGCCCAACCCGGCCAAGAAGAGCAAGACGACGUCGUCUGAGAGCAACACGGCCAAGAAGAAGAAACCCAAACAGAAGAAGGAGGGAGGGGGGGGGGAUGUGAAGUGGACACUGCUAUUGAAAUGAUUUUUUAAAACAGGCUUUCGUCUUUUUUGUUUCUGUCUUGGCUGCGAUUUUGUUUCAGACGUGUUUCAAUAUGAGAUGUUUAAUACAUACUGAGACUCCAGACGUGUGGGACGUGAAUUUAGAUGGAUUAUUUUUCUAACGUUUGACUAGAAAUAAUAAUGUCUACAACAAUAAAUGUAUUUCUCCUCCCAGAGAUCACCAUAACUCUGCUCCCGCUGCAGCUUUCUGUGUGCAUUAUUGAUAAGAAACAUUUGUAAUAUGUAAAAAGCAACUAAACCUUGUUAUACAUUA